UAAAAGUAACAAUUUGUUUUUGUUUUUUUAGCACUUUUUUGACACAGUCUUCAAACAUGUUUUCUACUGUGUUGUUUUUACAUUGCCAGUAAUUCAGUCCAAGGUCAUUUCCUCAAAUCUAUAGUAAUAGUAGUCAUAAUAAGCAAUUGCAGGUUGAUUAUUUACCACCUUUAUCUCCUUUGAUGCUACUCCUUGUUCAAUUUCCUUAUAAAAGCUGCAUCCUCAGCUCGUCUCCGAUCAAAGAACCAGGGCUCUUACUCCUGUCGUUUCUGAUUUGGACAACUGGAGGUGGAACAUCAGCAUCAACUUUUUGGGCAUUUGGAACAGACUUGACAUUCAACAUCCACACUGCACCCCGGGCUGACAUACUCUCCUGUUCUCCAUAAGAUACACACAGAAACACAUGAGAGACCCCACUGAAGAGCAUCUGCUUGACUCCAGCCAUGCAGCCCCUUCCAGCUCCAUCCCCUCUCUACUCGAUUCUCCUCCUCUUCUUGUCACAUCACUCCUCUGUUCUCUCCUGCCGGUUUGGGAACUAUAGCCAGUGUGAGUCCGCUCCCUUUGUACCAGGCCACAACCUGGUAGGGGAGGGUUUUGAUGUGGUCACCCUGCGGCGAAAAGGAGCCUAUGUGGUCGACAUGAAGACCUACCUCACCCCAAGUGGCACCUGUACUCUCUGUUCCAACCCUCUUCAGGACGACCAGCUCCAGAAACUGCCAGUCUCUGCAGUGGACUGGCGAGCAUUCACCCGCUGCAAUGCUGAUAUCUACAGCAGUGUACACACCUCCGUUAGCUCACUGGUUAACACCUACACCUCUCAGGACAGUAACGACUGGAAGAUUGGUCUAAAUGUGGAAAAGUUUGUGUCUGCUGGCCUGGAGGUGGGAGGAACACGCUCCAGUGCUUAUAACUUCGCUACAGCCAGGACCAGAGAGGACCGCUACACCUUCAGCACCCACAGAGUCACCUGUAGCCAUUAUGGGUACCGUGUGUCAACCAGACCUCCCCUCAGCUCUGAGUUCAGUAAGGAUUUGACCAGGCUGCCAAGUUUCUACAACUCCUCCACCAGAGCUCAGUACAAUGAGCUUAUACACACCUAUGGCACACACUACAUCCGCCAGGUUUAUCUUGGGGGGAGACUCAGGCGAGUCACAGCUGCACGUACCUGUUUGUCCACGCUGAAUGGACUCUCCUCAAGUGAGGUCCACUCAUGCUUAUCACUGGGUGUUUCUGUGGGCCUGGGGAAGUUGAAAUUAUCAGGUAACCGACAAUCUUGCAACAAAGUCCUAGAGAAUCGGGACGUCACUACUGGGUACAGUACUGGUCUCCACCAACACUACACAGAGGUGGCGGGGGGCACGGGUUGGUUGGGAGAGUUUUCACUCACCCAUAAUGACUCUCUGGGCUACGGACAAUGGCUGCAAACCCUCAAGGAACACCCUGAUAUUAUUUCUUAUUCUCUUCGGCCAAUGUAUGAGCUGGUGCCAAAUGAGACACAGAAGGCAGGGAUGAAAGCUGCCAUAGAGCAGUACUUGGAAGACAACGCUGUGAGGACCUCACCCAGGGAACCAUCUUGUGGGUGGCACAUUCCUAACCUGGCUUCCAACUGCUGUCCUAAACAGACGUGGAGGGGGACACUGGUGGUGACUAUCAUCCGAGCCUGGAAUCUGAAAGGAGAUCUUGUGGGGAAGACUGAGAGCUAUGCUAAGAUGUGGUUCGGUUCCAUCUACCGCAGGACGCAUAUGAUCCGGUCAAACUACCCCUGGUGGAACGCUCGUUAUAAUCUGGGCAAGGUGGACACUCACCCAGGUUUGAAGGUUGAGGUCUGGGACCAGGACUUGCGCUGGGACGACCGUCUGGGAUCAUGCAUUAGGUACCCGACCCAGGGGACACACAGAUUCACCUGUUCAGCCUAUAGAGGCGGCUUUGAGGUCCAGUACACUCUGACGUGUGACUCUCAUCUGACUGGAGAGAGGUGUCAUCGCUACAAACCAUCUUCACAGUGACGUGUUUUGGGGUCCCACCAUUUAGAGACACUGCUCACUUUUCUUUAAUCAGGUGAGGUAUCAGAUCUGAAGAAGUGCCAUGAACCACAUAGGUACAGUAAAGAGUCAAAUGACUAAGGAGCUGAUAGGUUUUUCAUUUAUCAAAGGUUCAAUCAGUUACUUUUUGACCAUAUAACUUUUAAGCAAAUUCACAUACCCACUUGCUUUAACAUGAAAAAAUGUUUUGUUUUAAACAGAUUAUUAAAAUAUAUAUCAAUCAGCUGCUGUGUACUCCUAAUAAUUAGUGGAAGUAGUACUUAAAGUUCCCUAUCCUAUUUUAAAUUUGGUGGUAGGGAACUUUACAUUUGAACUGUAGAUUGUGUAGCUGGUUAACUUUCAAAAAACUGUCAAAUCAUUGUUUUGUGUGAUCAUCUCAUGGGAAUAAAGACUGUCAACACAUGCUUUAUUUCCUUGUAAUUACUGGAAGUGCUUUUUCCAAAGCUUUAUACAAUGAUCAGCCACAACAUUAAAACCAUCUGCCUAAUAUUGUGUAGGUCCUCCUCAUGCUGCCAAAAUAGUUCUGUCCCAUAGUGGCAUGGACACAGGGCCUCUUGGGGUGUCCAAUGGUGUCUAGCACCCUCAGAGGUCCCAUGUGUGAGCCCAGACAGAAUAGAGCUGAUACAGCAGAUAUUACAUUUGCCGUAGUGUGCCCUGGAUUUACACCAACCUGUUUGUCUGCUUUGUGUGUUCCAUGGAAUUAAAACAUGUAUGAUGCCCAUGUGUUGAAACUUGUCAGCAUAGAGAAGCUUUUGGUAGCUGGCAUAUAUGUGUGUAAGAUAUAUAAUUAAUGCUAUUGUUUUGCUCAGCAUCUUAAAUAGGCUAGUGUGGCAGCAGGUGCAGGUUGAGGGGUUCAAAUUCAUGAGUUGUGACUUAAUCCUUUUCACAAUGAGGUGCUAUUAAAACUUGACUUUGUGUGUG